AUGUCUGCCUCCGACGAGAUUGUGUGGCAGGUCAUCAACCAGCAGUUUUGCUCUUUCAAGCUCAAACUUCCGACGAAGAAUCAGAAUUUCUGUCGCAAUGAAUACAAUGUUACUGGUCUCUGCAACCGCCAGUCGUGUCCGCUCGCAAACUCCCGCUACGCCACCAUCCGCUCCCAUCCCGAAACGGGCGCCCUCUACCUCUACAUAAAGACGAUUGAACGGUCGCAUCAGCCGAGCCGCUGGUGGGAGCGCAUCAAGCUUUCUUCCAACUACGCCAAGGCUCUUGAACAGGUCGACCAACGCCUGAUAUACUGGCCCAAGUAUCUCGUACACAAGAACAAGCAGCGUCUCACUCGUCUGACUCAAGUCCGUAUCCGCUCGCAACGUCUUGCCAAGGAGCAGGAACGCCUUGGAGAGACCCUCGUGCCCAAGCUUGCCCCCAAGGUCCGACGCCGCGAGGAGACACGCGAGCGUAAGGCUGCCGCUGCCGCCAAGGUUGAGCGUGCAAUCGAGAGAGAGCUUAUCGAACGUUUGAGGAGCGGUGCAUAUGGCGAGCAGCCUCUGAACGUCGACGAGGCUGUCUGGAAGAAGGUGCUCAAGGGCUUGGAGCGCGGUGGUGAGGGCGAGAGGGACGAGGACCUGGAUGAGGGUAUUGAGGAAGAGAUUGAGGAGGAGAUGGAGAACGAAGAGGGUGUUGGAGAUGUCGAGUAUGUCAGCGACAUUGAUGGCAGCGAGUCCGAGGACGAAGAUCUGGGCGACCUAGAGGACUGGAUCGGCGACGAGUCCGGUGAAGACGAUGAGUCUGAGGAAGCCAGCGAUGAAGAGGAGGACGAGAGCGACGAGGGCAGCGAGGAGGACGAGGAAGAGGAUACUGAGAAGCUGAAGAAGGCUCUCGCCAACAUGAAGAGGAAACGCGGUCCGGAGCCUACGCCCAAGUCCAGCAAGAAGAAGUCGUCCAAGGGUCCCAAGCGGGAGAUUGAGUACGAAUACGAGCCCGCGCCUCGCGAGACCAUCCGCGCGUAG